AUUUCAAUCAAAUAACAAAGGUGUCCUUAAAAUGAAGCCAAAAUUUGAAAAGAUACAAUUCAAUUGUACAAAUUAACUUUAAACUUAAAAAACUUCAAAUUUAGUUAUAGCUAUGGUUAUGUUGCUUACAAGACUUUCGAUAGUCUGGAUCGUUCACUCCGGACCAUUAGGUCGUAGAAUGAAAAUGAUUGGAUGGAAAAAAUAUGAGUUUGAUGAGUGAUUGGAUGUGAGAGUGGGUGGGAAGGAGUCUGUGGCACGAUCAUUGGAAGUGUGAUGCUAUGAUAUGAGGGAAGGAAGAAACAGAGUUAGACGUGGUGGACAUGACAUGCCAAAAUUGUCAACCCUUUAUUCAAUAUUCUCUUCCUUUUUAUAUACAUUGAAAAAACAUGCAGUUGCAUAUGUAAAUCAGUCUCCUCUUUCUCUCUUACGGAUUCAAAGAUCUCUCCUGCAACACCACACAUCAUGGCGAAUGCUGCAUCUGGAAUGGCUGUGCAUGAUGACUGUAAGCUGAAGUUUUUGGAGCUAAAGGCAAAGAGAAUCUACAGGUUCAUCAUUUUCAAAAUUGACGCCCAACAAGUGGUCGUGGAGAAGCUUGGAAACCCUGAAGAAAGCUACGAAGAUUUCACCAACUCUCUGCCUGCAGAUGAAUGCCGAUAUGCUGUCUUUGAUUUCGACUUUGUUACUAAUGAAAAUUGCCAGAAAAGCAAGAUUUUCUUCAUUGCCUGGUCUCCUGAAACAUCAAAGGUGAGGAUGAAGAUGGUGUACGCGAGUUCAAAGGACAGAUUCAAGAGAGAAAUAGAUGGAAUUCAAGUUGAAUUGCAAGCAACAGAUCCUACUGAAAUGAGCCUUGACAUUAUAAAAUCGCGAGCACUUUAAAUCUCAUCAUAUUCGUCUCCAAGCCGAUGCUAUGCUGUUGUAAUUUUAGUGUUUUCCAAUUUGAUUAUGUUCCAAGUCAUAAGCUUUAUCUUUGUGUUACUUCCAUUUUCAUCACCCUGAUCAUUUCUGGAUAUUCUUUUGUUUUUUUCCCCUAAAUGAAACAUCAGAUUGUGAUCUCAUUCAUUUCAAUUUUCUAUUGUAUAACUUGCGCGUAAAAGACACAUAGAGAAUUUUUCUCAUUUCACAAUUUA